AGCAGGAGGAGGAACAGCAGUCUGAAACAGACUCAGUAACGUUUACUGAUGUAUAUACUUAGCUCUCUAGUCGGGUAACAUUCCUCCACCACUCCUCUGGAUGUUGCGUGUUAGACUGAAUGGCCUGUAAAGAGGGCAGGACUACAGACUUUCUCUCCUCUCGGACGGACAUAAAGCAGAGAAACGAUGGCCGUCGAACAUGUGAGCGUGUACUUCAAGCUGUACUGCCUGACGGUGAUGACUCUGGUGGCGGCUACAUACACAGUAGCUCUGCGGUACACCAGGACCAUCACUACAGGAGAGCUGUACUUCUCCACCACUGCAGUCUGCAUCACUGAGGUCAUCAAACUCAUACUGAGUCUGGGGAUGCUCUCUAAAGAAACAGGAAGCCCCACCAGACUGAAGAAUGCUUUAGUGGAACAUGUAUUUUGCAGCCCGAAAGAGCUGCUGAAGCUGAGCGUGCCCUCGGUAGUGUACGCAGUUCAGAAUAACAUGGCCUUUCUUGCCUUGAGCAACCUCGAUGCAGCCGUUUAUCAGGUGACAUAUCAGCUGAAGAUCCCGUGCACGGCCUUGUGUACCGUCCUCAUGCUGAACCGCUCUCUCAGCCGGCUGCAGUGGUUCUCCGUCUUCAUGCUCUGCGGGGGCGUAACACUCGUCCAGUGGAGGCCUGCGGAGGCCACUAAAGUGCAGAUUGAGCAGAAUCCUUUUGUCGGGUUCUGCGCCAUCGCUAUAGCUGUCCUUUGUUCUGGAUUUGCAGGUGUGUACUUUGAGAAGGUGUUGAAGAGCUCCGACACGUCUCUGUGGGUGAGAAACAUCCAGAUGUACCUGUCCGGCAUCCUGGUCACCCUGAUCGGUGUUUUCGUGACCGAUGGCGAGAAGAUCCUGGAGAAAGGUUUCUUCUUCGGUUACACACCCUGGGUGUACUUUGUAGUAUUCUUGGCGAGCGUGGGCGGUCUGUACACGUCCGUGGUGGUGAAGUACACGGACAACAUCAUGAAGGGAUUCUCUGCUGCCGCCGCCAUCGUCAUCUCAACCGUGGCGUCUGUCCUCUUGUUUGGACUACAGAUAACGAUCUCGUUUGCCUCUGGAGCCCUCCUGGUGUGCGUCUCCAUUUACCUUUACGGACUUCCAAAGCUAGACACGACAAAGCUGAGCCGGCUGGACGCAGACAAGGAAGCCAAACAGAAACUGAUCACUGUGUGAGCCGCCGACCCGCAGCAGAGGAGUCUCUCUGGCUGGUGGACCAGGUCUGUGUUGGGUGGGGGGGGUUGGGGUGACCUUUUCUAGGGGACCUAACAGAGCCAAAUGAACACUUGGUUGAGCUGUCUGUGUGUUCAAUUCAUCACAUAGACGACAGCUUUUGAUCCACGUUCAUGUAGAUUCAAGCAAUCUUUCAGAUGAUAUAAAGAAAAAAAACAUUCGACCUAAAACUGACAUUUAUAGCUGCUUUUAAAGUUUGUAAAUGAUCCGAAGCAAUCAGUUAAGUCAUCUUCAGCCAAGCUGGAGCGAUAAUCAGCAACAGGACUUUGUUGCUCUUAUUUUGAAGCCUCCAUAUAUCUGUUCUAGGGGGCGUAUAAAUAUCACAACUCUUUAUCAUGUAGUUGUUGUUUUUUUCAAUCAUUAAUUAGUCUGUUUUACACUGUGCAUUGUUAAGUGUCCAUAUCACAUAUUGUUGAUUCUGAAUGUGCCCAACUCACGGGAAAACAUACUUGAAAGAAGGAUGACGACCGACUGCAUGUGUAGUUACGUAUUCAUAAUAUCAUCUCUCCGGUGUCUUGAAUCUUUUUGUAUCACGUCUGUGUUGCAUUCUGUUUUCAUUAAAACUGAAUGGGAAUACAGUAAAAA